AUGGAUGACGGUGAUGAGAAUGUCAUUCGUGUCCACCACGACAGCUUUGGGGGUGUGCGCUUGCAAAAUGAUAUUCCGCCCGAGGUGAAACGUGCUCUGUCAGAACAAGAGGAAUGGCAGCUCGAACAUGCCAAGCUACACGAAAAACAUCGCGGGCAUGAAGCAAUGCACCUCGAAAUGAUGCUUAUUCUCAUUGUCACCUUAGUAGUUGCACAACUGUGCACCCUUUUGGGCAUGUGGUUGGUACCUGUAUAUGUUUGCGUUACACGUGGAUGGUACAGAUUUCUAGUGACUUGGUUCAUUUAUACAAUUUGUUCAACUUGGAUUUGGCGGAAAUCUACAGAGGAUCACAUAAGUGGAACUACGCCCAGGAUAGUGUACAAGUGGUUUCUUUUUCUGCAUAAGCUCAGCUACGUGCUAGGGAUCGCGGGAUAUAUUAUAAUGAUAUUCACCCUAAUGGGUCUUAAUUUUAUCUUUGGUCUGCAGUCUACUACGUGCAUGGACACAGGCAUAUUAUUACUAUUUUAUGGCCUGUAUUACGGUGUUCUGGGUCGAGACUUCGCUCACAUCUGCACCGAUCGGAUGGCAUGUAAGAUUGGGUAUUUCACUCACGAUGGCCUUCCCAAGAAACAUUUGGAUGACGGCGUGUGCGCUGUUUGUGAUAAUCGUUUAAUAACAGCCAAUGCCAGCAAUGCAGAAGAUGAGGACGCAGAAGAGGAGAAGACUUAUCGGUUAUCAUGUGGGCAUAUAUUUCACGAGUUCUGCAUUCGUGGGUGGGUGGUCGUUGGAAAGCUCCAAACAUGUCCAUACUGUAAAGAAAAAGUCGACCUGAAGAGAAUGUUCAAAAAUCCUUGGGAAAAGCCACACCUCUUUUAUGGGCAGCUCUUGGAUUGGAUUCGGUACCUCGUCUGUUGGCAGCCAUUGAUAGUUACUUUUGUACAAGGCCUCAAUCAUAUACUUGGGCUCGAGCAGUAUGGAUUGGUUCUUUCUAAGAAAAAGGAGAAGGCAAUUGUCCGUCCUGUGGCCAGCAUUUUUGCAGAUGAUGACGACGAUUCUGAGAAGGUCGAUGUCUCAGGCAAGAUUCAAUCAGCUUCAACACUCCGAGUUCAAAAGCAUGCCGAGCGACUGCAAGAGAUGGCAAUAGCAGAGGAUCCCACUAUUUUCGAUUAUGAUGCCAGCUAUGACCAAAUUCAAGCUGCGCGCGAUGAAAAAAUUGCCGAGCGAAAGAAGGCUGACAAAGAGCGAAAAUCAAAGUAUGCAUUGGAUAUAAUCAAAGCUCACAAAAGAAGAGAACUAGAGCAACAAAGUCGGGAAGAACGACAGCAGCAGAAGGAGAGGGUGCAAGAAGGAGAUGAAUUUGCGGACAAAGAGGUUUUCGUGACUGGUGCAUAUCGCAAACAAAUGGAAGAAGUGCAGAAGUUUCGAGAGGAAGAGGCUUACGAAAAGAGAUUUAACGAACUCACAUCGGUGGAGCAUCAACAGGCGUGGCAGGCUGGCUUUGGGCGUACUUUGUUGAAUGAAUUAGCCAGAGGAGAACAGAGUCUGAUGCAAAAGGGCUCACUUCACAAUGACGAGGAAGGGACCGUUAAAAGUGCCAAGGAUAGGGAGACUGCAGCGAAUAAAACGAAGAUUCGCAACAUACGUCGCAGAAACGUCAGUGAUCAACAGUCAUCCGAAGAGGAAGAGGAAACUUCGAAGAGCUCCAAAACAAAAACUGCGGAGAAGAAGUCGAUUUAUUCCGACGACGAAGAUGAUAGUCAACCAAAAUUCGAGCCACCUAAGAAAAAUUUCCCAGGCGAAUUGAAGCCAGGGCUGAAUCGGGUAGUGAAGGCUCCAACGAAAUCGGAGAAACUGAAAGAGCGUCAAUUCACUCCCACACCGCCGUCUUCUGAUAAUGAGGAUGUGCACUAUCAAAAGAGAAGAAGGGAAAAGACUGAACAGAAACUGGAUAAGCGGCGCAUAAGUAACGAUCGCAAGGAGAGUGCGGAAUCGUUGAAGAAAAGAAUAGAACCAAAAAAGGAUGACAAGCAGAUGCGUUUGGUCCGUUUGAAGGAGAUUUUGAAGCAGCGUAAUGGUCCAGAAGAAAUCGAGGAAUUUAGAAAACGUUAUCUAGAAAGAAAGGAAAGCGGCGUUGUUGUACCUCCUUUGUAG